AUGAGAAAUGAUGACGACGAGGUCCAGAGAAGCGAAUCUGUUGUAAAUGAAAUGCAACGAGUCAUUGAUGGACUCCAAGCAGCUGAUGUUAAUGCCGAAGUCAUUGAUGGUAAUGACAUUUAUAAUGCUCGAUGCAGGAGAUGUAAUGUUGCACUUGUCACAACAAUAAAUUUGCCAUGCAAACACAUUGAGUCUUGCAAUAAUUGUAUUACGAGACAAAAUAACAUUUGCUUCAUAUGCAACACUUCAAUAGCUAGUACAGAGCGUGUUUUUUUGCCCAACGACACUGAAGGUAAGAGAAAUUUUUUUAUACCUUGUAAUUAUUUUAUCCCUCAAAUAUAG